ACAAAAUACAUACCAGUCAAACUGACGAGACGCCAUGUACUUACGCAAAUGGAGUCCAGUAAAAUAUUUGAUGUACCUAUGGCUUGCAAUUCUGGUUUGGAUGUUCUCUCGGUGUGAUAGUGUGGCCACGAUGCACCUGGCACCGCCACCGUACCAUAGCAGCGGCUACCAGGGCACACCCGGUGGCCACUCCAAUAGCAUUAGCAGCAGCAUUAGCAGCAUUAGCAGCAGCAGCAGUAGCAGUAGUGGUAGAUAUGUUAGUAAUAGCAGUAGAACAACACCUAGCAUUAGUAGUCACACUUCCAAGGACGGCGUGCACCAGGUAGAAAGUUUGGCCGGCGGUGCGAUACCACCCCGGUUAUACGAUGCCUCCCGGGCGCCAACGCACCCCCUACCGCUACUGCCCCUGCCAAGCGUGGCCACCGGGAAAACUUCUCCCAAUGAAGUCUUGCAGCUGCUACGAAGAAACAGUGCCAACACCAAAUCCUUAGCCCACCAGGAACAAUCGGGCCGGCACAUACCACCAAACGAACCAAUGAACCAAAGCAACCCGCCGUCAAGCACAGUGGUUGACGGUGCGCUUUCUGGUACGGCCGGGUCACCCACUGACAGCAGUAGUAUUAUUGGCAGUAGUAGCUACGGUACUGCCGAAGCGGAACGAGCCUUGCAACGGCAAUGGACGGCACAGAUGCGUCUGAAAGGGGAGCGUCGCCGGCUGCACCGGAGACGUUGGCGAACGUUGGCGAAUGCCGCAAGCCCGCUCGGUAGCCGGAACCGGAGAGACUCGGCCCUAUCCGGUACCGGUGGGUAUGGUAUGCGAUCAUCGACGGCCGUCGGCAAUCAGCAACAUUCGGUGCGCCCUCAGCGAAGAAAUGGUACGGGGGGUGGUGCUGGCGGUGGACAGCGCCGUUACUGUUCGGCCCGCGAUCCGGCAACGCUCGCGUUUGAGGCGCCGGUCGUGUGCGAAGCGAAGGUCAAAUCGAUGAGCGAUCGGCGGCCAACGUUUGCCGCGACGUUCGAAAUAUUGACGGUGCACAAGCAACCACCAAAGGGGCGUCUGCAGCGUGGCCGUACCGUGCGGCUGCAGUUCAAUCUGACCACCACGAACGAGUGCGACAUCUUCCGGGGGAAGUUCCGCGAGCGGGGCUUUGUGCGUGAGGAGCUCGAGCUCGGCAAGGUGUACUUCCUGUUUCUCAAGCCGAACAUGGGCUACACCAACUUCACGAUCCUCGGACAACCGAUACGCAAGACCAAGCGGUCCGAGGGUGGAGUUUUGCAGGGCGUCAAUCCUAACUACGGUACCCGGCCCGUGAUUCAUUUCAUCACACCGAACGUAACACGGCUCGUAGGCAAACGGGUACGGUUGGUGUGCAAAGUCAGUGGCCACCCGCCGCCGAAGGUGGCCUGGUUCAAAGAUAAGCGGCUGAUCAACCGGAACGCCACCAAGUACGCCCAAGUGCAUCUCAAGAAGCGGUCUGUGCUCAUCUUUAACGCCAGCACGGCAGACUCUGGAGAGUACGAGUGUCGGGCUAAAAAUAGGUACAACAAUUCGUCCGUCUUCAACUCGACGCACGUUAAAAUUACCUUGCCAAAAGCGACCAUUCCGGCGGUUCACAUGCGGGCCUGCGCCGACAGCCAUCGGGACGAUUUCUGCCACAAUGGCGGCACUUGCUUCAGCAUUGACAGCAUCGGGGAGAUGGGUUGCCACUGUGUAGCGGGAUUUUCCGGUUUUCGGUGCGAAAACAAGGACAGUGAAAUCCAGUCGGUCCCGUCGAACAAGCAGCAGGACUGUACAUCACAGCGAUACGCAGGGCGCCUGUACACCGAAUGUAUGGACUUUUUCGUGAUGGAUUCUCCAGCACCGGCAAUGUACGAGUACGAUGAGGAGGAAAAUUAAAGUUCUUGUGAUAUGUGGG